AUGAAGUUGGAAACCUGUGUGUAUUCUUUAUACAAGAUCUACCCUGAACACGGGAAACGUGUCGUACGUCCUGACGGAAAGGUGCACAUUUUUCUUUCGGACAAGGCAUUUCGAUCUACCGAGUUGAAGCGAAACCGUUCUUUACCGUAUAAAGAACAAAAGACGUACGGACAAGAGAAUGUAAAAAAGAAGAAGGUGAAUAAGACUACCCAUACCCUCAACCGUGCCGUCGCUGGAGUGUCCUUGGAGGCUAUUCUAACCAAGACUAAUGCCGCAAAUGAGGCUAACAAGGCAGCACGAGCAGCUAAGACCGCAUUGAAUAAGGAAAAGAAGCCCGCUCCACAAAUGGUAAAGACACCGAAGCCAGUGAGGGCCACCGCUCCCCCAAUUGGUGGAAAACAUUAA